UAAGGCUCUGAGGCCAGCCCAUCUUCCUGCCUCUUCUCCCCACUGAGUAGUCAGAAGAGCAGAAAACCCUCGUAGGCCUGUGCAUCUGGGGCCUGUGCCCUGCAGACAAGCCAUGGCCCGCAUCGUCGACCUGGUGCCCUGGGAGGACGGCUCCACCCACGUGUACGCGUCCCCAGCCAUCUUGCUGCCGGUGGCACGGACGCGCAACCAGCUGGCGGGCGUGAAGCGGCAGCUCUACCACCCGGCCUUGCCCAGCCUGCGCCGCAUGGACAUGGACUCUGUCAGGGCCUGUCUUUCGGACGAGCACUGCCGGUCCACCACCUACUGCCGCAAAGAUGACUUUGACAACGCCUACUUCACACUUUUCGGUGUCCCCAAUAAACCCCUGCAGUGCUUGGACAUCACCGAAACCGGCCGGAGACUCCAAAACAGGUGCCAUGAGGGAAAGCUGGUACCCAUCGCGCCGGGCAUCAACCGGGUGGACUGGCCUUGUUUCACUCGCGCCAUUGAGGACUGGUCCCGCUUCGUGUCCUCGGCUGGCGAGUUCAAGUUGCCCUGCCUGAACAAGAGGGUGGAGAGUUUCAGUGGCUACGCGGUGCGGUACUUGAAGCCCGAGGUGACCCAGAACUGGCGGUACUGUCUCAACCAGAACCCCAGCCUGGACCGCUACGGACAGAAGCCCCUGCCUUUCGACACCCUGAAUGCUUACCGGCGCUUCGGCUCAAUCUACAGUCGUGUCAACUACCUGACCCCCUGGCAUUAAUCUGUGAAAAGGAAGCCAGUCCUCAGGCUGCUGGGCUAUGCCAUCUCCGGUUCUCCAGCAGGACAGAGCGAGUAUGGUGGCACCACCCAUCUCCCUAAGAGUUCAGCCAGACUGGAAAUAAACCUAAUGCUCCCCCA